ACUGUCUGUGCAUCUUAUAGACUCUGUACUCAAGGUCUUCUCUCCCGUCCAGUGCUGUACUCACGGUCUUCUCUCCCAGCGCUGGCAUCUUUAGUGUGGGCACCCGACUGUGUCCGCAGUCUCUGGUCAUCUCCUGUACUAUUUCCGCAGUCUCUGGUCAUCCCCUGUACUAUGUCUGCAGUCUCUGGUCAUCUCCUGUACUGUGUCCGCAGUCUCUGGUCAUCUCCUAUACUGUGCCCGCAGUCUCUGGUCAUCUCCUGUACUGUGUCCACAGUCUCUGGUCAUCUCCUAUACUGUGUCCUCAGUCUCUUGUCAUCUCCUGUAGUGUGUCUGCAG